AUGUCUACCGCGUCCCUCGAUGACGCGCGCUGGAAGCAAGCAGAGGUAGUGUUGCUCGAUAUUGCACGUAAUUUGUGGAGCGAUGCCGGCUUCCAAAACCUCAUUGCGUCGUUCCCAGAGGACAGCAGAACAAGUGCCGAUGCGCUGAUCGCACAUGUGGAAGACCUUACGCGGCGCGAUAUCAAGGCUGUGUACUUGAAGCAACUACAAGGCACUCUAUGGACAACCGGCUUCCGCAACGGUGAUCUGAAGACCCCGCUCUUCGACGACGUCGUGCCUACACUCGAGCAAUGGAAAACUACUCAGGGCAAAACACUGGCCAUCUUCUCCUCAGGCAGUGUGGCAGCACAGCUGCAGUUCUUCUCCUACGUCAGAGACGGUCCGAAUGAAACUCGGGACAUUAAACCCUUGUUCUCUGCGCACUACGAUACCGUGAACGCGGGGCCUAAGCUGGAAAAGGAGUCUUAUGAAAAGAUAUGCUCUGAGUUGGCAAAGGACGUGAGCAAAGUCACAUUCUUGACUGACAAUAUCAAAGAGGCUGAAGCAGCCACGGCAGCGGGCGUCUAUGCUGUGGUCGUGGACAGACCGGGUAAUGCGCCGCUGUCGGAUGAAUCGAGGAAGAGGUUUGCUGUGAUCGAGAGGUUGACUGACUUGCCGUAA